AGGCCUCCCUCCCCGCCUCUCCGGACUGGCUGGGCUGGGCUCAGACGGCUGCACCGCAGGUUGGCGAGAGCCGAAGGGAGGGAGCGAGGGAGGGCCUGAGCUGAGGCCCGGACCGGCGCAGGCGGGAGCUGGACCCAGAGCUCCCGCGGCCGCCCCUUCCCUGGGCUGGGUCAUGCGCUGCCCCAAGUGCCUUCUCUGCCUGUCAGCGCUGCUCACACUCCUGGGCCUCAAGGUGUACAUCGAGUGGACAUCUGAGUCUUGGCUAAGCAAGGCCUACCGGGGACCCCAGGGCACCCCACUGGGCCCCACACCAGCCAGCCCUGAGCCCACCCUGCCGGCUAACCUCUCUGCCCGUCUGGGCCAGACCAGCCCGCUGCUCUCUGCAUACUGGAACCAGCAGCAGUGGCGGCUGGGGUCCCUGCCCAGUGGGGACAGCGCUGAGGCAGGGGGCUGCCGGGCUUGGGGGGCUGCCGCUGCUGCAGAGAUCCCAGACUUCGCCUCCUACCCCAAGAACCUCCGCCGCUUCUUGCUGUCAGCUGCCUGCCGGAAUUUCCCACAGUGGCUGCCUAGAAGUGGUGGCGGCCAAGUAGCCGACUGCUCAGGUACGGACGUCCCCUACCUUCUGUUGGCCAUCAAGUCGGAACCAGGGCGCUUUGCUGAGCGACAGGCCGUGAGGGAGACGUGGGGCAGUCCGGUUCCUGGGGUCCGGCUGCUCUUCCUGCUCGGGUCACCAGAGGGUGAGAGGGGGCCUGACCUAAGCUCCCUGGUGGCCUGGGAGAGUCGCCGCUACAGUGACCUGCUACUCUGGGACUUCCUCGACGUCCCCUUCAAUCGGACGCUCAAAGAUUUGCUGCUGCUGGCCUGGCUGGACCGACACUGCCCGGGCGUGAGCUUCGUCCUGCAGGCUCAGGAUGACGCCUUCGUGCACACACGGGCCCUUCUGGACCACCUGCGGGCCCUGCCCCCUAGAUGGGCCCGAAGCCUCUACCUGGGUGAGGUCUUUACCCAGGCCAGACCCCUGCGGAAGCCCAGAGGACCCUUCUACGUGCCUAGAUCCUUCUUUAAAGGUGAAUACCCGGCCUAUGCCAGUGGCGGUGGCUAUGUCAUUGCCGGGCGCCUGGCACCCUGGCUGCUGCGGGCAGCGGCCCGUGUGGCCCCCUUCCCCUUCGACGAUGUCUACACUGGCCUGUGCUUCCGGGCCCUGGGCCUGGCACCAAGGGGCCACAAAGGCUUCCUCACAGCCUGGCCAGCAGACCGCACUGCUGAAGCCUGUGCUCUCCGGGACCUGCUGCUGGUGCGGCCCCUCAGCCCCCAGGGUAGCAUUCGGCUCUGGAAACAGCUGCAGGAGCCUCAGCUCCAGUGCUGAGCCUGGCGGAGCUGAGGCGAGGAGGGCAGCACAGACCUGGCGGCACCUCGGUGCCUGUCUCUCACUCAGCCUCUCCUUCUGGGCCUCUGCGUGAAGGAGGAAUUCUAGAACCGUGACUGCCUGAGCCCCUCCUAGGUCCUCCCGGGCCAGGGGACGGGGCAGCCGGAGGGAACAGACCGUUUGUGUCUACUUUUUGUGUUUGAAAAACACGCACUCCCCACUCUGA